AUGAACUCGAAACUUGUGCUCAAGAAGUCGGAUGGAAACUUCGAAUGUCCCAAUUGCUCGUCACGUUACACCAACGCAAGAAGCCUCCGAGCACACUGCAAACGGAAGCACGGAGUCACUGUGACUGUUUUCGAAAAGAAGACCAUUGUCCACAAACAAGAGCAAGCCAAGGCGCGAAAAGCGCGUUGGACAGCGACCAAGACUGCAAUUCGAGCGAUGCGUGCCAAACCCAUCAAGGCAAGUAAGCGCGAUACGUUUACCUUUGCCAACGCACGUCUCAGAGGAGCCCACGAAGCUGUCAAUCCGUUUGUGAAGAUUGGCGAGUCGACCAUUCCUGGUGCUGGCCGAGGCUUGCUUGCUGCAAUCGAUCUGCUGCCAGGUGACAUUUGUACUGCGUACGACGGAACCAAGGUCUUCGUGGAGCAAAAAGACCAUGCUUACGCCUGCGAACUGGGUGUCACGAAAAGGAAGUCGUGGCUGCUUGGUUUGAACGAUCCGGUGGCUGGUAGUGGACUGGGGACGUUUGUCAAUCGCGAAUGUCGCGAACGCUCUGGAUGUUUGAAGAAUUGCCAACUAGCACGGUUGGGAAAUGCAAUUUGCAUCAAAGUUACGAAGCCUGUACCGACUGGCAAAGAACUCUUCACGACAUACAGUCGAGGUUACCGAUUUUAA